UCACCCUAAAAAAAUUUUAAACCAUUCUUGAACUGAAUCUGACUAAUGCUGCAACAAAUCUGAAACCUAGGUCAACUAGAGAUUAAAAGGAUUCAAUACCCGCCUCCCGCCCCACAGCAACCUAGUUGAAGGAGGAACUGCCCUUUAUGGAGGUUUUCUCAAAUAAUGAUGAAGGCCUUAUUAACAAAAAGUUACCCAAAGAACUUCUUUUGAGAAUAUUUUCCUUCUUGGAUAUAGUAACUUUGUGCCGAUGUGCACAGAUUUCCAAGGCUUGGAAUAUCUUAGCCCUGGAUGGAAGCAACUGGCAAAGAAUAGACCUUUUUAACUUUCAAACAGAUGUAGAGGGUCGAGUGGUGGAAAACAUCUCAAAGCGAUGCGGUGGAUUCCUGCGGAAGCUCAGCUUGCGAGGUUGCAUUGGCGUUGGAGAUUCCUCCUUGAAGACCUUUGCACAGAACUGCCGAAACAUUGAACAUUUAAACCUCAAUGGGUGCACAAAAAUCACUGACAGCACGUGUUACAGCCUUAGCAGAUUCUGUUCCAAGCUGAAACAUCUGGAUCUGACUUCCUGUGUGUCCAUUACAAACAGCUCCUUAAAGGGGAUUAGUGAGGGCUGUCGGCACCUGGAGUACCUGAACCUGUCGUGGUGUGAUCAGAUCACGAAGGAUGGCAUCGAGGCCCUGGUGCGGGGUUGUCGCAGCCUGAGAGCCCUGCUGCUGAGGGGCUGCACGCAGCUGGAAGACGAAGCUCUGAAACACAUUCAGAAUUACUGCCAUGAGCUUGUGAGCCUCAACCUACAGUCCUGCUCACGCGUUACGGAUGAAGGCGUGGUGCAGAUUUGCAGGGGCUGCCACCGGUUGCAGGCCCUCUGCCUGUCUGGCUGCGGUAACCUCACGGAUGCCUCCCUCACAGCCCUAGCCUUGAACUGCCCAAGACUUCAGAUCUUGGAGGCUGCCCGAUGUUCCCAUUUGACUGAUGCAGGCUUUACACUUUUAGCUCGGAAUUGUCAUGACCUGGAGAAGAUGGAUCUCGAAGAAUGCAUUUUGAUAACCGACAGCACACUCAUCCAGCUCUCCAUUCACUGUCCUAAACUGCAAGCCCUGGGCUCCCUCCCCGACUUGGAGAUACCCUGGACUUGGGACUCCCACCCCUUCGGCAGUGUCGCCUCUUGUGUGCACGGGACAAGGCCUUCCACCAGCUCCCUCAGGAGUGCAGGCCCACCUCAGCGACAGAGCCUGUCCCACUGUGAGCUCAUCACGGAUGAUGGGAUCCUGCACCUGAGCAACAGCCCUUGCGGGCAUGAGAGGCUGCGGGUGCUGGAACUGGACAACUGCCUCCUCAUCACUGACGUGGCCCUGGAGCACCUGGAGAACUGUCGUGGCCUGGAGCGCCUCGAGCUGUACGACUGCCAGCAGGUCACCCGCGCGGGCAUCAAGCGGAUGCGGGCCCAGCUCCCUCAUGUCAAAGUCCAUGCCUACUUUGCUCCUGUCACCCCGCCGACAGCAGUGGGAGGAAGUGGACAGCGGCUAUGCAGGUGCUGUGUCAUCCUCUGACAGCAGCUGCCCAGCCCAGGGCUUCAUGAGGUGUCCCUUCCUCCCAAGGACCCGAGUCUUUCUGACGCACUCCACCAUCAUCCAAAUCUGUUGAUUCUCCAUUGGGAAAGGCAUUUACAGGCUCGAGCUGCAUCUGGAUGGUCCCCCAACACCAUGGGCUAAGGAGAGCCAGCUGCCACUUCACUGUGGCCCAGGAGGAGUUUGGCCAGGACAUGUUGACCCUGCUACAGACUGAAUGUUGGUGUCCCCUCAAAAACCACAGGUAGAAACCUUACCCCCAGCAUGCUGGACAGUAUUAGGAGGUGGAGCCUUUGGGAAGUAAUGAGCAUUAGACGAAGCCAUGAGGACGGAGCCCCAGGAAUGGGAUCAGUGACUUCGUUAAGAGCCGUAAGAAGAGUCUGCCUCCUCCCCUCUGCUGGGUUUCCAAGAAGAGCUCUAACCACCCCUAGAAGUAUCUUAACCAAACCAAAUGCAGCCCUGGGGAAGCAAGCAAUGCACACUUGGACGAUGUGAAAUCCCAGGCCAGUGAACUGCUGACGUUUUGCAUACUUUAGACUUGCAUCUUCGGAUGAGCGCUGGGCUAUAACAGAUUUCUUUAAUUUACAAAUUAUCAGAACCAUUCCUUUUAAUUAGUUUAUAACAAAAGGGGAAAAGUGAUUUGAAUUACCAGUGUCUCCCCAAAAAAGUUUACUAAGAACCAUUUGUGUGUCUUCAGCUGGGAAAUUAGGAGAAUAAAAACAUAAAACUGGAGGGGCGGGCGUUUUGGGGAAGGAGUAUACAACUGUUCCAUACAACUUUUGAUUUGAAUCAAAAAAGCCCACUUAAAAUGCAACAUGGUGUGCUCCCCCGCCCCUCAGAGAGGACAUUUUGUUUUAUUGCAUAUAUUAUUUAAAUGCAUAUGGAAGUAUUUAAAAUAUUUUCACUCAGUGCUUUAAUUUGGAAAUAAUGUUCCUGUGGUAAUGCCUGUGGCUUUCAUAGUCUACAGAUAAUUACAGAUACAUGUGUAAGAGUGAAAACUCCAUUUCUGGCACCUUGAUAGUACAAACACUGCAAUGAUGAAACAGUAACCAUUAAUAUGUAUGAUAAGUUAUUUUAAAAAAUUAUUUAAUGUUCUCUGUUUACAUUUACUGCUGGUAUAUAGCUGAUCUAAGUUUAUAUAACAAGAUAACCCUUUGUCAACUGUUUGAUGAAGAACUGUGUUAUAAAAUAAAGAUCUGCUCUACUUAAUAAGCUGGCAAAGUUCAUAUUCAACCAAAACCCCCCUGGACUACAGCGGGGAACCAGGCUGAGUGUAGCAAGGUGUCCUAUGCUGGCCUGAAGCAUAAGGUCACAAUGCAGGUGCCAAGAGGAAACACUAAUGCAGUCAAGGAUUGUUUUUCUACCAGUGCUGCCAAUCAGGCUUUUAAAAGCAGACACACAUUCUUACAUUACAUGCAGGGAAAUGGGACACAAAGUACUGCGUAUGUUAACGUCAAGCUUGCUGCCAUCAUUUCUCCAAAUAUCCGUGACAUUUUCUUAUCAGUUACACACACGAGAAAGCAAAAACCUUUUUUAAUUACACAAAAAUAACUAUUUUACUAAAGAAAGUAUUUUCAAUUAAUUUCAGUGCUCGUAAAGGAAGUGUAUGUGCAAAGGAGAGAGAGGGAGGGAGGAAAGGAAGGAGACAGGGAGGGAACACAUUUCUGAGUGUCACUUGUUUUCCCUCCAAAACCACCCAAUAUGGUCAACUUUGUUUGAAAGUGUUAGAUUUAGGAAAUUUUCCUCAGUGAGGAACAAACAGAAAGCAGGAAGUCUAAACAAAAGCAAAUUAAAUCAAGACAAGGACAUCAAAAACAAAUUUGGCUUUACUUUUCAGUGGAAGUUGGUCCUAUAUCUAACACUGCACAAGGUUUCUUGCACAAUGAAAAGAGAAGCAGAAG